AUGUUCUGGAAGACGGAAAUCCCCGCGCCGGAUGAGCGCAUGCUCAAGACGAUCGAGAAGCUUCAGCUGAACGAGUCGGACCUCCGCACGCUUUACAAACGGUUCAGCAAUUCGUCCCCUCGAUUCCAACGCGGCCUGCUCAUGCGUUCUCUCGACCAUAGCAACAGCGGAUCGAUCAACAGGACCGAGUUCUUUCGCAGCUUCCGAGAGGAACGAACGGCGGUGGGCGACGCCGUCUUUGCGCUUAUCGACAUCGACAAUAGCGGACAGCUCGACUUUAGCGAAUACGUCGAAGCGCUUGGGGCGUUCUGCCUCCUCAACACGGACGAAGUUUUGAAGUUCUGCUUCUUCGUGUUUGACCAAGACAAGAACGGGACGAUUGAAGGGAUGGAGCUGGACGCACUUCUCGAGAUGCUGCACGCCGACAAUGCGACGAGCAACAUGGCGGCCGCGAUGGACAAGUUCGACUUCAACGGCGACGGCAAGGUAGACUUCCGCGAGUUUCAGAUCCUGAACCAGCAGUUUCCGACGCUGCUUUACCCGGUCUACCGCCUCCAGCAAAGCAUGAAGGUGCACUCGAUGGGCGAAGCGUGGUGGAACAAGCGGGCGACCCUUCUCAGCCAGCUCAAGGACCUCCGCGAGAACGGCGAUGCGACCGCGCUCGCCGCCGCCAAGGCCAAGGAGCAGCGGCGCAAGACCAGACAGAACAUGGGGUGUUUGCGUUACUACUUGUGUCCGUGUCGGCGGAGCGCGUACGUCGUGGACGACUCGGGCAUCACCGAGGAGGAUCUUGUCGAAGAAGCCAAGAAGCGCGAGAUUGAAGCGCAGCGCAAGCGUCUAGAAGAUGCCAUGGCUGCACGAGCGCGAAAGGACAAGAAGCGCACAGAAGCCGCCGACGGGCGGAAAAUUCUAUCCAAGGAAGAGCGCAAGGAGCGCGCCAAGAAGCGGCGGCAGAGGGACAUGAGGGACCUCCCGACGCGCAAAUGA